UGUUUACGAAUAGAAUCUGUAAUAUCAGUUCAAUUAUUGGAUAUACUUAUAAAUAAUGUGAUUGCUGCAUCAUCUCAGAUCAGAGUGUAUAUUUGCUACUUUAAGCGUUUUUACCCGUCAAACAUAGAAUGGACUCUAGAUUUCUAGAUGAAUUCACUCAACAGGACACGCUUAUUGAUAAACAUCUGAAUCGACGACUGCUAAAAAAACCUGAUUCAAUUCUGAAACUAUAAAAUCAAAACAUCUGUAAUGACAGAAGUAUAGAAACAGUGAUCGCAACAGUAAAGGCCUUGGUGUAUCGUGUAACCGUGAUAACCUAUCGUGUCUCGCGUAAUUUGUAUUGCAAUUGGAGGUUAGAAAGAUGUCAUAUUAUUUUGUUAUAAUUGGGCACACUGACAAUCCUUUGUUUGAAAUUGAGUUCAGCAACGCAAGCAAAGACACUAAAAAAGAGGAUCACGCCCAUUUGAACCAGUUUAUUGCACACGCGGCGCUUGAUCUCGUCGACGAGCACAAAUGGAAAACUAGCAAUAUGCAUCUAAAAGUAGUUGACAAAUUUAACCAGUGGUUCGUCAGCGCAUUUGUCACAGCUACGCAAAUUCGUUUUCUCAUGGUUCACGACAAUAAAAAUGAGGAUGGAAUUAAAAAUUUCUUUAGCGAAAUGUACGAAGCUUACAUCAAGUAUUCGAUGAAUCCAUUCUACGAGCCCAAUUCACCCAUUAAUUCGGUUGGAUUUGACAAGAAGGCUCAAUUGUACGGUAGGAAGUAUUUGUCCUUCUAGAAAUAAAUUAUUGGUGGAACUAC